AUGGAGGAAGAGGGGCCUCCACAGGCUCUGAUUAAAUCCCGGGCAGACUGGCCAGUGGCCCCCAGGGCCGAGGAGUCAGAGCCGCAGACUCCCGGGCAGUGGGAAGGGUCACCAGAGCCUCUGGAAUGCGCCAGAUGGCUGCUGAGGGCCCCGGCGCGGGUGCCCCAGCGCGUGCCUCCGAGGUCAGGCUCCCCUCCGGACGCUGACGGCUGUCAUCUGGCAGCCGCUGGCUCUUGUCUGCAGCAGGCCACGGCUGUGGGGAGGGCCCCCGAAUGCCACAGUGGCAGGGGUCAGAUGCGACAGCGGGAGGUGAAGAAAGCUGACCUCGCCGACACGUCCGGCCUUCCAGCUGUCACUGCCGGCACGUCGGAGGCCGAGGGGGCUGGAGAUAACCUGCCCAGAAGCCUUAUCUGGGCCCCUCCUGCCCCCGUCCCCCAGAAGGGCCAGAGCCCAGAGCGCCUGGCCGAGGAGAGCGGAGACUGCGAACCACCCGAGGGCCUGGCUGUCCCGGAACCCGGAGCCCCUUCCCUAAGUUCCGGGCUUCAGACACCUGCACACGAGUCUGGGGGCCACGGUCCAGACCACAGCCGAGGCCAGCGCAGAGCCCAGGUGACGCUGGCGCCCACCAUCCGGCCCCCGAGCUCCGAGAGAGGACAGGGCCCCCCGUUCACAGCAUGA